CCCACGGCAUUGGUACAGCAUACGACCAAUCCAUGCACGUGUCGUAUCGCAUUCCCGGACACCUCUCUCCGUCGCGACCACCACCUUGCACUUCACAUACAAGCAAGCAUUGACAUCUCUAGAGAGCUGCAUUGCUAGGGAGCCUCGCCCCAAUUCUUCUCCAGCCGCCACCCUUUCAUCCAAUCAUCCAUCUUGGCCAAAUGCCACCUUCAUAGGCAACCCCAAGCAUGACAGCACAGAUCCUGGCGGCCGACUUGGGAACCCUCAUACAGGACUCCAAACGCAAGAGCACCGAGUUGAGAAAUGCAGCAGAAAAGUCUCUCCAGGAUUUGAAGUCGCUCCCUCUCACUUCGGAAACGCAAUUAUCUGCAGACCUCGCAAGGCGGCCACAUUUCAUUACUCCCUUCCUGACUGCCUGCAAUUCUCGCAAUGCCAGAUUUAUCCCAACCGGCGUUUCGGGUCUACAGAGACUUACCAUUGCACGAGCUCUACCAAAAGACCGGUUGCCCGAAGUUCUCCAUGCCCUCAAGGAAUGCUUGUCUUCAAGCCAUGAUGUGCAGCUGAAGAUUUUGCAGGCUCUGCCCUCGUUGAUUCAGAAUUACCCCGAUGAGAUACGUGGUGAUUUGCUGUCCACUAUCCUCCACAUAUGCUCGUCUCUACACAAUGCCAAGAACGGUGCUGUUAGCAAUACUGCGGCAGCGGCCUUGCAACAGCUUGUUAUCAGUGUAUUCGAUCGCGUGGCUUCAGAAGACGAACAGGCAUUGGAAAUACCUACAAUUACAGAUGUGCAGGGCGACGAUGGAUCCAUACCAUUAAGACCCGCAGCCCUUGAUGCUUACAAGGUUUUCAACGAUUUGAGCCUUCUUGUCACGGGAGAGAAGCCUGUCUUUAUACAAUUUUCACCAAUACCAGCAGCAGCCACACUGGAAGUUAUCGAGGCCAUUCUCUCCAACCACAGCUCAGUUAUGACCACUCAUUCUGAACAGAUACAUCUCUUACGGUCUUUGCUCAUGCCAACCAUCAUCCGCUCACUUUCGGAUCGAUUGUCAUUCCCAGUCACACUCCGGAUAAUUCGGGUUCUUAGUCUGAUUCUCCGGCGACACAUCAAAAUCAUGCCAUCCGAAUGUGAGAUUGCACUGGGUCUUCUCAACCACAUGCUAGAUCCCGAGGCAGCAAACCAAUGGAAACGGGUGCUCUGUCUCGAGGUGUUUCGUGGCAUCUAUGCCGACCCACGUCUUGUGCUUCAAAUAUUCUCUCUCUAUGACAUGCAAAACGGCAAAAAGAAUAUUUUUGGCGAUAAUUUGACGUCAUUUGUUCGCUUGUCUACCGAGAAACCAACCCUCAUAGGUCUUGGCCAGCACUCUACAUUGCCAUCAAAUCGAACCAGAAGCAAAGACGUCCCGCCAGAUCAUGCAGUCGCUGAGGCGGAUGCUCUUGCCGGGGUGAUUGUAGGGCCAGCGGUAGAUAUGAACCACAGCGGGCAGCCGGCAGGUAUUAGUGCCCAAUGGAGCAACCUGAAGACGGCUUGUAUCGAGCAUCUUGACAAAUCAGAGCCUCCAAACAUCCCGGAAACGUACGCUUUCAGUCUGGUACUGACGUGUAUCACGAAUAUCUCUGAGAGUCUGGCUAAGUUCAUACUUCCUCUCACGGUGCACCAUGAUAAUAAGAGUAAGAAGAAGAACAAACCAGAGGAGUCUACUCAUUCUGAAACAGUGUCGGGCUCGGCUUCCUCCAAUACACAGCUCUCUCGGACGCAAUCGUUCCGAAAGAAAACAAUACCUAUCAAUCCGCUUGACUUGGAAGGGCACCCGUCUUACUUAUAUAUAAAAACUUCAGCUGCGCUGGUCGUCGACUGUUGGCCAGCAAUUCUUGCUACUUGUUCGACCUUUCUCAACGCUGCUCUUGACACCGACUACUAUCGCGCUUUAGUCCGAGCAAUACAAAAGUUUACACAAGUUGCUGGACUUCUAAGACUAACAACGCCUCGCGAUGCAUUUCUCACCACGCUGGGCAAAGCCGUGGUGCCAUCAAGCAUGCUUCUCGCCAACGUAUCGUCGCCAAGGUCACCAACUGGCGAGCACCAGGGAACGCAAGUCAAUACAAAUGAAUCUUCCAGCAGCAUGGAUGAUAUGCCAAGUCAAAAUUUGCCAACGAAAGAUCGAAAUCACCGUUCGUUCCGCGAAAUUAAUCUCCCUACACUGGGCCCUCGAAACCUCCUCUGCUUACGAGCAUUACUCAAUCUUGCGAUAGCUUUAGGGCCAACCUUAAACUCCGCGUGGUCCAUUGCUUUCGAAACUUUGCAAGUUGCAGAUUUUGUGAUGGCGAUGUCGAACCAGGGUACGACACGGACACUAAGUAGCGCAGGAACACAUGCCGAGCCUGAUACUUCGAUGGCAAAAGUAGAGGCAGAGACAUCAGCUGUUCAAGCAGCUGCUCGAAGAUUGUUCGAAAGUACCGUAGACUUCCCAAAUGACUCUUUUGUGGAAGUGCUACAAGCACUGUGCGCGCUUGUUGUUGACGAUAAUCACACUUCAAAAAUUGACCAGCCCCGGACUGGUCGACCACAAGCGUUACAUCAGCGACGCCUAGGGAGUGUAUCGGGAAUCUCCAUAGGUACCGAUAUGUAUUCACGAGACUCUGCGUUUGCACUAAACAAGAUCGGAGAGCUUGCUGCGCUGAAUGAGGAGAGGCUUGCUCAUUUUGAUCCGUCCGAGAGCGGGUGGAGUGUUCUUGUCGCAGAACUUAUCCGCUAUUCCACAGACGACCGUAGAACGACCCAAACAAGGCUGCUCUCCGCUGACAUUCUGUCUCGAACCGUUAGGGAAAUUGCGGGGUUGUCGACAUCUGUUGAGAACCGAGAUGAUACACAAGCACGCAUCCUCUCUGCUCUACACACUCAGAUAUCGGCAUUGCAUCAGAAUCAUCCAGCGUCCCAAGAGUCGUAUAGUGACACCGAUGUUCGCGUACACCAGCUGGCCCUUGAAGCACUUAGAAACGUCAUCGAGCAAUGCGGCGAAUCUUUGACUGCUGGUUGGGCUUCUGUUUUCCAUUGUUUGCUGAGUGUCUUCCCACAAAGGUCUUCAUCCAGCCAUGCUGAAGUGCGACCAAUUUUGAAAAAUAAUCAAAUCAGCGACGAGUAUGAGCUGGUCAGAGUUAUUUCGAGGUCUCUGGCACGCACCGCAUUCGAUACAGUGCAAUUUGUUUGCUCGGAUUUCCUCGCGGCUGUCCCAAACACAUCGCUAGCGAGUCUAUUAGAGCUUUUAUUAAGGUUUUCUUGUCAGCAGGAUGAUUUGAACAUGUCACUCACUGCUGUCACCUUCUUCUGGAACGUGUCCGACUUUCUACACGUACGUGGUGAUCUUGCCCAAUUGCGGGACACACUCGGCGAUGUACAGCAGCUAGAUGAUAUACGGCAAGUCGUUCUGUCGAAAUCACGAGAAGGCGAUAUAUCUGCAUUAUGGACGCAAGUGCCAUUGAACUUAUCAAUUGUUACAACUGAUAGACGUGCGGAGCUACGGAACACGGCGAUACAAACCAUCCAAAGGAUCUUUGAGAAUUACAUCGAUCAACUCUCCUCUACUUCAUGGAUGUUGUGCUUGCGCACUGUCUUGUUUGGCAUGAUUGAGUCCAAUCUAGCUGCACAGUGCGCAAUCCGCAGUCGAAGUUCUUCAAAUGGAGACUUGGAGGCUUGGAACGAUACGACAACGAGCAUAUUAGACUCAGUCACUGAUCUCCUCUCAGUAUAUAUGGAAAAGUUUGAUGAUGCUGCAUUGUUUGGGGAGGCAUGGUCAGAGCUUUUGGAACACUUCCGAAAAUACUUCCUCCAUGGUUCGCACGCACUUGGAUGUGCAGUAUUUGUUGCCAUAACGAAGGUUCUAGCUCGGCUCCCAGAUGUGCGAGCGCUCGGUGUCACACCCCUACUCAAAACGACACAAGUUUGGUCAGAGUACUUUGACGGUCGAGACAGUUGGCGAACUGGCCCAGACAAGAACCAAGACGCGUUUGUGGCCUACGCACACACUUUCAAGGAGAUGUAUCGAUUAGCUGGUCAGCAUCUGGAGAGCAAGGACGUGAAGCUCAUGCUGGGCAACCUUGAAAUGUGUAUAGUAUAUUCGGACGAAGUGCCAUAUUCAUCCGACAUUGAUAACAUGACGCAGCUUCAACAGCUGGCCAUCGAAUGCUUCGGGAAUGUUCGCUCUGACAGCCCUGGGUUGCCCGAAUUUCUCAUCCGCACGUUGAGCCGAUUGGUUGUCUUGCCAUACUCAGCACAGACUGACUUGACGAAGCGCGGACCGACCUUUGUAGCGCUGUCUAAGGCGUCGAUGGGACUGUUGGAAGCAACCAUUUCGAAGCAUGUGGCAGAUGACAAAGUAUACUCUGACGACGCACUCGCUUGCGCCUUGACCAGCCUAGCGAGACCAAUAGAGGAGAAGUAUGCGUGGCAAAGAGAGGGUAAACCACCUGCCCUGUGGCAAAAGGCUACCUCGACAACGUUGGAGAUCCUAGGGCAUACCUUGGACACAAUUGACCACAUGGGCACGGAAGAAUCACAAAGGAUGUGGGAACAAAUUGUCACCAUCGCAAGUGGGAUUUUGGGCGCACGUAUCAACCCAAGCAUGACACUCGCUUCUCUGCAGAAGGAUGAAGAUUUCGACCGAGAAGCAUUCAGCAAGCUCCGCGACCUCAUCACAUUGCCACUUGGUUCCCCAAGAAUACCAGAUGAGCUCCGGAGGAGAUACACUCGACAUGUGUUUGAAACGUCAAUCAUACAUGAGCCUGUAGCGGGUGAGAUAGCCGAUGUCGCGAACAGCCCAUUGGAAGACGUGUAUAAAAUACGUCUCGGGCGCACAGACGAUAGGCUACCAAAGCCUAGGGUGGAAAUGGCGUACAUGUGCAUGUCGGAGCUCUUCAGCCUCACGUCUGCGCAGGAUGGCAGCGCGAGCCGAGUCAAACUCGCACAAGCUGCAGCGCCGUAUCUGAUACUGCGAGUGGCACUGGUGCUCCGAGCGUUCAUUGCAGAUCACGGGCUACGAGGGCGGAUGCCGCAGCCAGAGAGUCAUAGACGAGAGCUGCUGUUUGUGCUGGGGGAGAUGGGCAAGUUGAAGAGCGAACCAGCAGCGAUACCAGACGUGGCGGGGGUGAGGAGCAAGCAUAGAAAACACGUGCAUCGAAUCUACCCGCUGGUGGUCAAGGCCAUGCGGGUUGCGGGGAAGGACGAGCAAGUAUUUGAGGCUUUGGUGGGGCUGACGGAGAUAGUUGGGAUGGAAAUCUGUUGAUUUGAAUGGAUAACGAGAUGUAGCAACAAAGACAUUGAGGGGUUAUGCAUGAGCUGAGGUCAUGUUGUGGGGAGGCAGUGGCACACGAGCGGAUAACGAUGCCGCGCGCGCGUAUAUAUACAUGUAUAUACCUAGGGAUAUAUAUGUGUGUGUGUGUGUGUGUGC